AUGGUGACUAAAUUGGGUUUUGAAACUGAGGUACACCCCAAACCUUACAAAGUUGGGUGGCUGCAAUAUGGUAGAGGUAUGAAAGUCACUAAAAGAUGCUUCGUCUCUUUUUCUAUUGGUAAGAUCUAUAAAGACCAAAUUUGGUGUGAUAUUGUAAAGAUAGAUGCUUGCCAUUUAUUACUUGGAAGACCAUGGCAAUAUGAUAAGCGUGCUUUUCAUGAUGGAUACCAUAAUACCUAUUCAUUCAUAGUUGAUGGACGUAAGAUCAUUUUGACACCAUUGCACCCAAAAGAACUUUCAAAGAAGGCAAAGACCGUGUCUGAUACACUAAUGACCAGAUCACAGAUUAUUGGCCACAUCAAUAAAAGAAAGCCAUUGUACAUAGCAGUAGCCAUGGGAGACUCACAAGAUGAGGAUCAUGAGUUAAAUACACGAGCCAAGAAGUUACUUACUAAGUAUGCGGAUGUGAUCUCGGAAGAUGUUCUGUUAGAACUUCCACCCAUGCACGAUAUUCAACAUCAAAUAGACCUUAUACCCGGAGCAUCGUUUCCAAACAAAGCAGCUUAUAGGAUGAAUCCUACACAACAAGCUAAACUCUAA